AUGGCCGCGCUCCGGCGCCACGCCCACGCCAUCGACAAGUACCAGUUCCUGCAGCACGUCCAGGACAGCGACGAGACGCUCUACCAGGCGAUUCUGCUGGAACACACCGCUGAGGUCAUGCCCAUCGUCUACACGCCGACGGUCGGCGAGGCGUGCCAGCGCUGGGGCGAGCUGCACCACGCAGGCCCGCGCGGCGUCUACGUGACCCUGGACGACCUCGGCGGCGUGCGCGCCGCGCUCGAGAACGCCGCGCGCGACGCGGUCGACGUCGUGGUGGUGACGGACGGCGAGCGGAUUUUAGGCCUCGGCGACCUGGGCGCGCACGGCAUGGGCAUCCCCGUCGGGAAGUUGGCGUUGUACUCCUGCUGCGCGGGCAUCGACCCGGCGCGCUGCCUGCCCGUCGCGCUCGACGUCGGCACGGACAACGAAGAGCUCCGCGAGUCGCCGUCGUACGUCGGCGCGCGCCGGCCGCGCGACCGGUCGGCCAACUACGACGCGCUCGUCCGCGAGCUCGUCGACGCGGCGAAGGAGCUCUACGGCGCGAACGUGUUGAUCCAGUUCGAGGACUUUGGGAACGCGAACGCGUUCCGUCUGCUCGAGGAGUACCGAAGCGAGUGCUGCUGCUUCAACGACGACAUCCAGGGGACCGCGGCCGUCGUCUUGGCCGGGCUUUUGAGCUCGCUGCGCAUCACCGGCGGGACUCUGGCGGACCAGACGUUCCUGUUCUUCGGCGCCGGGGAAGCGGGCGUCGGCAUCGCGAAUCUCGUGUCCGAGGCCGUCGCGCGCGAAACGGGCGAGGCGCUCGACGACGCGCGGAAGCGCGUCUUCCUCGUGGACAGCCAGGGCCUCGUGACGAGCGCCCGCGGCGACCUGGCGGUCCACAAGGCCCCCUACGCGCGCGACGUCGGCGGCGCGGCGACGCUCCUCGACGCCGUGGAGCUCGCGAAGCCGACGGCCUUGAUCGGCGUCGCCGCGGUCCCCGGCGCGUUCGACGCGGCGGUCCUCGAGGCCAUGCAGCGACUCAACGACCAGCCCGUCAUCUUCGCGCUGUCGAACCCGACCUCGAAGGCCGAGUGCACGGCCGCGGAGUGCUACGCGGCCGCGCCGCGCGCCGUCUUCGCGUCGGGGUCGCCCUUCGACGCGGUGACCAUGCCCGACGGCUCGGUCCGCGUGCCGGGCCAGGGCAACAACGCCUACUGCUUCCCGGGCAUCGGCCUCGGCGCGGUCCUCGCGGGCGCGACGCGCGUCACGGACGAGGACAUGUACGCCGCCGCGACGGCCCUCGCGGCGUCCGUCGCCGACGACCGCCUCGCCCAGGGCUGCGUCUACCCGCCCCUCGCCGACAUCCGCGACGUCUCCGCGCGCGUCGCCGCGGCCGUCGCGGCGAACGCCUACGACGCGGGCACGGCGACGAAGCUCCCGCGGCCGGCGGACCUCGUCGCCGCGGCGCGCGCGGCCAUGUGGCGGCCCGGGGGCUGA